AUGGAAAGGUGUAAAAGAUGGAAUGAUGCGGUUAAAAAUACAGUUUCUACAAAUACAGUUUCGAUACCUGAUGAAGUAAGCUAUGCUGGUGAUGAGGUGGUUCAAAACAAAGUUGGACAGUGUGGCGAAACAAAUCAAGAGUUAGAUGGCGAUGGAGAUGCAAGGUUGGAACAUGAAAACACGGUGAAAGAUAAAGGAUGUGAUGAUGUUCAUAAUACCCCAUUUGAUGAUGGUGGUAUUUCGGACACAUGCCUGGCAGCCUUACAAACCAUCGAACCAGGCCUAUACAGGCAGACUACAGAAGUGGCACAAGCAGAUGUGGUAAACAACAUGGACCAACCUGUAAAUUUGGCAGAGUGCAGUCAACAACAAGCACAUAAACAGAAUACAAUAACCGACGCCUAUGAUAAAGAAAAGCCUCCGACAACAUCAGCUGAUGAACCUGAUGAAGUAACCGAAGCAGAAAUGCAGUCUGUUGAGACACUUUUAAAAUUGGCUCCAAUCCUACAAACAUCAAGUGCAAGUAAUCAAAAGACUCCUGUGUCAGCGAACAAAAAUAAAACGGAUGACGAGAGGCAUACACACCUAGUGAGAACACGUAUCAAGAUGAUCAGGGAAAAGAACGAAAAGCGGAUGGCAGAACUAGGUGACGCAUACAGAUCACCUUACUGCAACAGGGUAACCGACUUAUAUGAGCCACUUUUGGCACGUGACCAAACAAUCAUCUGUUAUCUCUUAGCUCCGGUGGGAGAUAUUGGGACAUUGAUAUACAAGUCUGACAGUGGAGUCGAAACGCUAAAAAUCAUAUUUGAAACCUUCCACCCAUCGCAAUACAUAUCAUAUGGUGGAAUGGACGCAUUUGUAGAUGUUUUAAACUUUGAAGAGAAAAAAAGGGACAAAAAAUCAUCACCCUACAGGCUGUUCUUGCCAACUACAAUAUUGCAAGACGAAAUGUUUGAGCCAAAGAUCACAGAUAGUGAUCGAUUGAAAGUAUUCGGACCAAGCGUAGACGAUAUAUUGUGUAAGUAUCAGGUGAAGAAAGUUGACAAAGUUGAUCUCAUCUUCAUUCCAGUACUACUUUCCGAUCAUUACUGGUGCCUAUGCUUUAACAUGAAAAAUGGAGAUAUCGAGUUAAUAGAUAACUCUAGGUAUGCCGAAUCGUUUACCAAACGCUACCGUGGACGCCCCGAAAAGCUGCGGAGAGUUCUAAUACUAUACCUAAAAGGCAAAAUUGGACAAAAAGAGUGGAUAACAAAGUUGGAAAAGGCAAAAAUAAUUCGAAAGGAAAUGGAUUGGAGAACUCUUCAAAACGGUUGUGACUGUGGUGUCUUCACUAUGAGACAUAUGGAGACAUACAAGGGCAAAUCUCCAUGGGAUGCAGGGUUUAAAACGGAAGACCAAAAGAAGAUGCAAGAUUCACAACUACGGUUUUUGCGGUACAGGUAUCUUAGUAAGAUUGUAUUGUCCGACUACAAUCUUAUAAGGAAAGAGGUAUACGACAAAGCUACGGACUUUAUGAAGAAUUCGAUACCCGCAGAUGCUUUGCACGAUCUAGAUAGCAAAAUAAGUAACAGAUUGGAUCAGUUCUUCAAGCUCAAAAAGGGGAAACAAAAUGAAAAGUCGUAGGACUACUAUCUUGCUGUCUUUUGUUCCAAACAUCUUUGACAUGUUGGAUCUUUUAUUUUUAUUUAUA